UUAAAGAACGUCAAAACACAUGAUAAGCAAUAUAUUUAAUCUCUUCUUGUGAGUAACAUUGUUGAUAAAACCACUCGAAUUUAUCGUACAUAAACCUAUUGCGUUUGAAUCAUCGACAAGGAAACAUCUAAAAUGUUUCGCUUAACAUUUCUCCUUUGUUCUCUUUUAAUCGUUGCUAAUUGCGCACUUUUAAGGGUGCCUCUUAUCAAAACGAAAUCAGCAAGAAGAACACUUCAAGAAGUUGGAACUGAAGUAAAACAAGUUCAAUUAAGAUAUGGGGGGCCCACACCGGAACCUUUAUCUAAUUAUCUCGAUGCUCAAUAUUAUGGUCCAAUAACGAUUGGUACACCACCUCAAAGCUUUAAAGUUGUCUUUGAUACUGGUUCAUCUAAUUUAUGGGUACCCUCAAAACAGUGUCAUUUCACUAAUAUAGCUUGUUUGUUGCAUAACAAGUAUGACUCGAAGAAAUCUAAUUCUUAUAAAAAAAAUGGGACAGAAUUCGCCAUUCAAUACGGAUCUGGAAGUUUAAGUGGAUUUUUAUCCACAGAUGUUGUUAAUGUUGGUGGGUUAAAUAUAAAAGAUCAAACUUUCGCCGAAGCAAUGAAUGAACCUGGUUUAGCUUUUGUAGCUGCGAAAUUCGAUGGGAUUUUAGGCUUAGCCUAUGAUCGUAUUUCUGUUGAUGGAGUUCCACCCGUUUUUUAUAAAAUGAUUGAGCAAAAACUAAUUGAUGAUCCAAUUUUUUCAUUCUAUUUAAAUAGAGAUGCCUCUGCUAAAGAAGGUGGUGAAAUAAUAUUUGGUGGUUCUGAUCCAAAUUAUUACACUGGAGAUUUUACAUAUCUCCCAGUUGAUCGCCAAGCUUAUUGGCAAUUUAAAAUGGAUGGUGUGCAAGUUGGAGAAAAGAAAUUUUGCCAAAAUAGUUGUGAGGCAAUCGCAGAUACCGGAACUAGUCUUGUUGCUGGACCUGUUGAUGAAAUAACAAAUAUUAACAAAGCAAUAGGGGCCACUCCAAUUGCAGCUGGGGAAUACAUGGUCGAUUGCAGUUUAAUUCCUGAUCUUCCAAAGAUUACUUUCACUUUACUUGGAAAACCAUUCGAGUUGGAAGGAAAAGAUUAUGUUUUAAGGGUUAGCCAAUUUGGAAAAACAAUUUGUCUUUCGGGAUUUAUGGGAAUCGAUAUCCCACCACCAAAUGGGCCAUUAUGGAUCCUUGGCGAUGUUUUCAUCGGAAAAUUUUACACCGAAUUCGAUUUAGGAAAUAAUAGAGUGGGUUUUGCUACUGCUGUUUAAACAUAUAAUUAACCAAACAAUUUGAGAUGUUUAGAAAUUUAUAAUUUUUGUGUUCCUUUUUAUUAGUUACCAUGACUGUUACUCUCGAAUUAUCUUUAAAUUUAAGGAAAAUUAAUAAAAUCAAAAACUAAUA